CAGCUGUGCUUGUUUCUUUGUACUCGGAACAGGUGAUAAAAAAGGCGCAUAAGUUGCUCAGUCAGUUUACAAACAAAUCUUGAGCAAGAAGUACCGAUAACAGGAGUACUACUUCAGAUCCUCCAGCUUGACCAUGAAAACCUGCCCUGCCAUUCUAGUGGCCUUGAUAUUGGCCCUGGUUAGCCCCAGUCCAACUUUUGGUUACUCUCCACGACAAGAUGCCCGAAUUAUUAAGGAAUAUAAGCGGAAACAAGAGCUAAAUCACGCGAAGAUCGCCAGGGAUUUGGUCCAUCGGGCCAAUUGGGCGGCUUUGGGAAGUCUAUCCACCAACAAAUUAGUGGAAGGCUACCCCAUGGUCAAUAUUAUCUCGAUAGAUGACAGCGAUGAGAAGGGUAAUUCCACCGGAAGGAUACGCUUCCUGCUGACCGAUCUAGACUUCACUGGUCCCGACUGGCAAAAGGAUAACAAGGUCACAUUCCUGUUCAGCGAUGAGCAGACUUUAAGGUGCAAGGAUGCGGGAAAGGAUCCCAUGGAGCCCACAUGUGCACGCUCCAUGAUUAGUGGACAGGUCAAAAAGUUGGAUCCCAAUGAAAGCACUUAUCAGCCUGUGCUGGAUGCCUAUAUAAAUCGUCACCCUUCUGCCAAAAAUUGGAUAAAGGCCCACAAUUUCUACCUUUGUGAGCUGGACAUUAGCAAUAUAUUUGUUUUGGACUUUUAUGGAGGUCCCCAUCAAGUCAGUCCCUCGGACUAUUACGUUGCUUUAGUUUGAUGAUCUUCUUAAGAAGGAAAUAACCUGACGCCUCAUAUACUUUGUCUACUGCGUGACCGACAAAAAUAUUGAUAAGAAUACUUGAUCAACAAGAGUCUUCAAAACAAGUGAAGUAGACAAAAGAAAGAAAGCCACUUAUCAGUUAAGUCCUGUGAUUUCAUUCAAUAGCACAAUACCUUAUAUUCAAGAAAAAAUAUAUUUCAAUAAAUAUAAGCUUUGGUUGUAUGUUACGUUUUAUAAAGAAAAUUUAAUAAACUUCAAUUUUUCGUUUGUA